CUUGAAUAUUUGGUUGCCCAUGAUGGUUGGGCAAUCAGCCCUCAGUCGAGUUUCGGAGCUAGCUAGAUCGAGUCCAGGGGUUUAAAAUUGAUACUUCUGAACAAUGAAGUGGCUUCUUCUCUUUGCUUUGGUGCUAAGCAGCUCGGCGUUUGUCAAACGAGAUGUCGGUACCAACCUCUUCACGCCAGGAAAGGAAUUCAUUUACGGUUUUACAAUCUUGUCCCUAGUUGGAUCUGAUGACUAUGUCAAGAGUUCUAGCACAUUUAACAUUAGUGGGGAUAUACAUAUCUCUUCCAACGGAAAUGACAUUAAUGUCAAAUUGGAUGACAUUACGUUCGGAACCCACAAUGGCCAGUUUGAUUCUCCAAACUAUCCGAAGUUCGCGAUGAAGGCGUACAACCAGUUGAAUCCUUUGUCUGAACCUUUCUCUGUACAAUUUACAAAUGGCGUGGCUAAGGGAAUCGUCCUUGACAAAAAUUCUGAUGAAUGGGCCAAGAACAUCAAGAGAGGUAUUGCCUCCUCCCUUCAACUUGACCUUGGUAAAAUUGAUAUCAAGAAAUCUAAUAGCUUCGUCACUGAGGAGAGUGGAAUUUUAGGUCGAUGCAAAACGGAUUAUGUCAUCAUACCAGGGGAAGAUGACAACCGUGUACUUCGAAACAAUGCCCAAGUUCGUAAAUUUAGGUCCCACGCACAAUGUGAAGAUCCUCCUCGCCGAUUCCGUAAACCUGGCAUGACUAUCAAGUAUUGUCCAGAGGUUUACUCAAGGGAUGUUUUGAACUCAACCUCGUUCUCAGUCUAUGACUUGGAAAUUCAGGAGGGAAACUUGGUCGCAAAAAACAUUCAUGUUGGAUCAUCCGUCGCCUACAUGAUUUUUGGUGCAGAUGGACACAGCCAAUCUUCAUUCACUAUUAUGAAGAUGAACUUGAAAAGCUCCAACUCUGGAUCCGUUCCACCCCCAUCCAAUCCCAAAACUUUCAACGAUUUGAAGUUCGUAUUUGAAAAUGAUGUCAAGGAAGAUGAGGAUCUCGGCAAUCCAGUGCCCUUCUUUUUCCAUCACAAAGGUCUUGAUCUUGAUUCUGCUGGACAAACUAAGGCUGCAGAUCAACUCCUUACAAAUAUCAAAAAGAUGCACAAUAGUUUCGACACUGCAGAGCUCUACAAGGACGUCAAGGAAUUCCACAAAGUAAGCCCAUUCUCUCUCCUGCCUUUUGUCUCGGCUUUGAACUACCAACAUAUCAAGGAUACUUACGACAACAAGGUGAAAGGAGGAGAUGCUACAGAGGAAAAAAUGUUCUUGGACGCACUUGCUAUUUCCGGAACUGGCCCCGCUGCCCUUGUUCUUCGUGACAUUGCUGCUAGCACAUCCGACAGUAUCUUCCUCACUCGUAACAUUGCCCCCAUGGCGCACUACAUCCGCAAUCCAACAGAAAAUCUUAUAAAGGAGCUCGAGGGACUAAUUAAACCUGAAAAUACUAAAUACAACUCACGUAUUAUAGAAUUUUCUUUUGCUUCCCUACUGGGGCGUGCUUGUAGGAAAACAAAUUGUGAAAGGACAGGACUUUUGGAUAAGUGGGUUAAAUAUUGGUCCGACAAUCUUGACUCUGGAUCUAGUUUUGAUGUAAAGACACAAGCGAUUCUGGCUCUCCGUAAUGUGAACCAUUUCAAAGCGGCAGAGAAAUUACUACCGAUAGCUGUUGACAACAAACAAGAACGGUCAAUUCGUACUAUGGCUAUCUCUGGAAUUACUCCGCUUCUUAAGAAAGAUCCUCUCGUUUUCAGGAAGAACAUCCUCCCCAUAUUUUUCAACAGACAAGAAGAUUCUGAAACUAGAAAUCUUGCUAUUCUAUGGACCCUAGUAUCAUACCCUGAGGAGAACACUUUCCAACAAAUUGGAAUCUAUAUGUGGACAGAGAGGGACCCUGAAGUGAAGAACUUUGUUAUAACCCUAUUAAAAAGCCUUUCUGGAACGACCGACCAAUGUUUGAAGCUCCGUUCAUCUUGGGCUAAAACUGCCUUGAGCAUGAUGGGACGUACUGAAACGAAAAGCAAACAUUCUGGCAUCUACAUUAGCGACUACUACGACCCGCAGUACCAUUUCGCCCAUCUCACUACUCUGAAUGUCCAGAAGAGUGGGCAUAGCAUUCUUCCACAAACGGUAUAUUUCGGAGUCAAGAGUUCAGCAGGAGGUUACGCUUCCAAGUAUCUCUCUAUCUUUGUUCGAUUGGAAGGCCUCGGGAAAUCCAUUUCCUCGCGAAUCAUGUCCAUGAUCACUGGUGUCAUUGAUUUUGAUGAAAUCAAGGAUAUUUUUAAUAAAAUUGGGGUUCAAGAACGUCAAGCUGAUCCACUCCGAAUUGAAAUUUGUGUAAUGCUUCACGAUCGAUUUGUCGCUUAUCACGCUGCUGAUGAGAAAACUAUUACCACAAUCCCACAAUUAAUGAAGAAACUUGGAGAACUCAGUAAUGCUGCUUACGAUAAGGAAUUCUCCAAGAUGAUUCUACUCGGUGGGGUCAUGACCGAACAACCAAAUGAGCUUGGCAUUCCAGUUUCAACUAUUUCUGGGGUUUCCACUAUGGCCAAACUUCACGCUAAGGUUAAAUCCGACAAAUCGGGAACAACAAUGAAUCGCAGCUACGAAGUUCAUCUUGGUCUAAAUGUUCAUGGAAUCAGCUCAGUCAAUAAUCACAUGGCACCCUUCGGUACUGCACAUUCCGUUGAGGCCUUGAGAACCUUAAGGAUCCGUAUCCCACGCAAGAUCACAUUCGGGCUUGAUGUCAAGCAACAAUCCAUCAACUUUGCUAUUUCUGCUCCUACUGAAGAUGAUCCAAUUAUGGCUCAAGUUCAUGCAACUGCAGUCACUUCGAUUCACUCUGAUACCCCGGCUACAAUGAAUGACAACAAAAUUGUCGACCUUCUUCAUGAAAGUUGUCCAUUGUGCAAGGGAAUGGAAGUCAUUUCCAAGGGGGAGAAAUUCCGUGAGGAAAGGAGAUUAGGAUCAGGAUACAAUACAAAGCUUUGGAAGGAGUUAACAUUGGUGGCAAGUAUUUCGACUGCGAGAAGGUGCAUUCCAGGAUUCAUGUUCUUCGACAGUUGAGGAAAUUUUAUGGACCCGAGUUCAAGAAUCUUGGCGGCCGAGCUGGACAAUCACUUACACUUUUACGUGUAGGAACUAGAUACAUGAUGUCCAGUUUAUUUUUGUCCCCAACUACAGAGACAUGUGGAAUGAAAUUUUGGUAUCAUAAAGAUCUAUCUGCCACAUCCGUCUUCGAC